AUGAAGUAUUUUCAAGAACAAUAUGCAUUGAAAAAUGGUCAUAAUGGCCCAGUGUUGGCAACCAAAUUUAUUCCUAACCAAAGGUUAGUUUCUGCGGGCAUGGAUUCGAAAAUAAAUAUUUGGUCUUUGAGGAAUACCAAUGAUACUUAUGUAAUCAGUGAUUCUCAACUUCAGUACAGUCCAAUAACUACAAUUGAUUUUAGUACACAGUACAAUUGUUUACUGACAGGAUCUUCCAGUGGUAAAAUAACUUUAGUAGAUCUAACGAAAGGACAUAAAAUAUUUGAUUAUAAAGCACAUGGUAGCAAUGUAAUUAAUCAAUUGCAGUCGAAUAGCAAUGAUGGUUCAGUUUAUUCUGUAGGCGAUGAUGGUAAUUUAAAAGUCUGGGAUAUAAGGUGUUCUAAUCCUUUAGUUAACCUUUUCCAUACGGAUUAUCCCUUAUUCACGUUAGAUUCCACCAGUUAUGGUAACAAAGACCAUUACUAUAUUUAUACCACAGGGUUAGAUCCUACUAUUUACAUUUGGGAUCUGCGAAAUCAAAACUCAAAUACCAAUAAAAUAAAGGGUAGUAAGCAAAAAAAUUGUAAUCCAUUACAAAAACUCACCACUCCUACCCACAACACUAAUGGUAGCACGACUUCAAUAGCAUUGUCCCCAGAUAAAUCUAAGCUUGUCACUUUUCAUUUUGAUAAUACCUUAACAGUACGAUCUGUUGAAAAAAACGGGACUAUAUCAACCAAGAUUCCUGUGGAUUACAAUACUGAUGUUAGUAAUAUGAUAAAUCAUAAAAAAUUAUGCAAAAACCAUAACCCAGGCAAAUUUCUAUCCAGAGUCAAAUUCAUAGAUGAUAAUUUAUUAUUUGCAGCAGGUCAUAUUGUUGAUCUAGCUGAUGGAAUUGAUAUAGUAGAUGACGCAAUUUACCUUGCAAACCAUAAUAACACCUUUAUAGAUGUCGAUUUUAUCUCUGAUAGAGUAGCUUCAAGCUUUAUAGAUGGUAAUUUGGAAUUAUACAGUUACAAUAAAUUCUAA